AUGAACGAAGGUGAUGUGCGCUCUCCAACUGUGGAGUGUCUAUCGUCCCUUAAGUCGAUCCAGAGGGACUACGCGCGCUUCAAACUGGAGAAUCCAGUUAAGCGCGUAUUUGACCCAAUCAGUGAGCUUCACUGGACGUACUACGAGGGCGCGACAGUAAAGAAGCCAGAUGGAUCGGAUGAGUCACUUGCGGAACUGCCAUGUGUAGUCUUGCUCCACGGGAUAUGCGGGACGGCAGGAUGCUACUUCUACGUCAUAGAGAAGCUCGCGAAAGCUGGAGUACGAUGCAUCUCUGCACAGUAUCCGGAAUACUACUCUCCAGACGAGUGGAUUGAAGGGCUGCUUCAUUUUCUCGAAUACAUUAAGCUGUCAAAACCCCUAGUAUUUGCAAGCGACUUGGGUGGAUACCUCCUGCAACUUUUCGUCGAGAAAUACCCAGAAAGUCUAUCCGCCAUUGCGCUAUGCAAUUCCUAUCGCAGAACCGAUUGCUUCAGCAGCUCUCCGGAGCUCAGAGGAAUGUACGGAAGGCUAUUCACCGUGCUGCCCCAUGUGGUGCUUAAAAACAUUUUUGUAGAAUACUACAUAUGCCCCCAAGACAACGUACGCGCCAGAGCAAAAUCCCCAAUGGUAGAACAAUUGGCACGCGAGUUCAUGGCCAACGAACUCAAUCAACUCACUGCAAGCGACCUCGGUGGCAGGAUAUCGCUCCAAAUGUCGACUGAUUACGUAGACGACUUCUGCUCUCGAAGGAUGCCACCAAGCAAGAUUCUCAUUAUCGAGACGAACAACAAUAAUAUCCCCGAUGAACUUACUGAAGACAUGCUUGAAGCAUACCAAGAUGCGAAGAUAGCGCACAUGCGAGAUGGUGGAGACUUCCCGUACCUCACUAAACCGGAGGAAAUCGUGACGUACCUUAUGGUACAUCUCACAAAUGUGAGGGCGCUCCAAAGUGCACAAAACAUCACCGACGCCCCAGUAAAAAGUGGAGGAUGCUCAAGUUUACGCGAUUUAUACAAAUUCAAUAUUCCUCGAAGGAGUUCGGAGUCGUCGCACUGCUCCGUGAUACCAGCGCAACCCUCCUGGGAAUCUGACGAUGCCACAUCACCAAGUCUUUCCGACAGUUAA